AUGAGUUUAGGCAUCUACUCGCAUACAUAUGGAGUCGAAGCUAAAGGAAGAGUUGUGCAUGAGCUUAGGGGCGGUAACUACACACAAGAAGAGCUAGAGCUAGGUGUUUGCUAUGCGUUGAAACUUGGAGGAUUUGGAGUUAUACACGUGAAGGUUGGAGAUAUAACCGAUGGGUUGGGCACGCACACAAAGUUAGAGGUGCGAGCUGAUGGGUACGCAUGCAAGGAGGAAAGGUUGUGGCUUGUAAAGGGGAAAAAUAGAGUUUGCGAGGUGAAGGGUUUUAGGUCCGUUGCAAAGAUAAGAAGGUCGAGUGCGACACGAGGGGAUGAAGUUGUGGGGCCGUGCUUAUGCGUGAGCUUUGGCUUUUGCUAUAUGCGAGAGGCUUGGGCAUGGAACUACUACAUGCAUAGGCUUAGGCAUCCGCUGUGUGUUAGAGGGGUUGGAGUUAGGGAUGAGCUAAGCGCGAGCUUAGGCUGA